UCUGGCUUUGAGUCUUGUCGAAGUCUGUCCGGUCAGUGUGUGUGUGUGUGAGUGUGUAUUUGUGUGUGUGUGACAGGACCGAGCUGCCCCUGUGAUUGGCUGCGGAACCGAACGCGCACCGUCAGCCCCCCCCCACCCCCACCCACCGCUGCUUCUAGGGGCUGUAGAAGACUCAGUGCGCUUCCUUGCAUUGACUUUGGGUUGAACGGCACUCACACAGCGCGCACCAUGGCAGCUACUCACGGCGAGUACAGAGGCUACCUACGGAACACCGUGGACAUGGAGACGGGCCAGCACCGCUUCCACCCGGUACAGAGCUCGGAACCCACUUACCGGCCUCUCCUAUUCGGAACCCUUGUUGUUAUGGGAUUGCUUCAGGUGGCUUCCAGCGUGGCGAUCUUAUUGCACCUUACAGGGUAUUUACAAGAGGUAGAUUUGUCCACAGCACCACAUCGACCCAUAGAGGAGGUGCAGACGGAGCCCGUGGUAAAUGCACUGAGAGACACAAGGAAAAACAGACGGUGCAAAACUCAGAAAGACAGUCUGCCAUCUGCUCAUCUACCAAUCAGAGUGCAUCAGGAGUACUCCAAGAAGGGUGAGCCCACAGCCAUCACCAUCGACUGGGAUGAGGCGCGUGGAUAUCGCCACAGGAUGGACUACCACAAAGGGAAGCUGCUUGUGAUGGAGUCUGGUUUCUACUAUGUUUAUGCCAAGACCUGCUUCCGCUACUAUCAGUACUUACCAGAGGACAACAGUCAGACGGGGGUCCCGAGCGUGGAUGUUAGCAAUACUCAGCUCAUCCAGUACGUCUACCAAGAGAGCGUCAAACACAGCAGCAAGGUUGUACUGCUGAUGAAGACAGGCAGCACCAUGCGCUGGAGCAACAUGAGUUAUAACAUGUACUGUGCCCAGCAGGGCCGAGGGGUCCGGCUAGAGGAGGGGGACGCCUUGUAUGUUAAUGUGUCCAAUGCUUGGUUGCUGGACCCAGAGGGAGAAGGGACGUAUUUUGGGGCCAUAAAGUCGGGUAACUGAGAUAUAAACGUGGGGAGCGGACAUGCUACUGAACAUUUGAUUGCCAAAGAACCACUGUUAGUGAUGUUUUUUUAUGUUGAGUUGUCAAAGUGUUUUUUUUUUUUAGAUGCAUUGUUUGUUUAUCCUUUUUUUUUUUACUCUUUUCUUCAUGAAAUAGCCAUGGGAUCUGUAAGAAAAAGAGAAUGGAAAGAAAGGGAAUAGGUUGUCAUCUUUGAUGAACUUGUUUUGGCACCAAGCCCUCU